GUGGUUCCCCCGGCGGGUUGGGUUGCACGCCGUUCAUAUGAGGGCAUCAAAGAUUUAGUCAAAAUCACAUCGCCGAUUGAACAGGCAAUGACAGGCCAACAGGGUGUGUUCCAGUCUUUGAACAUCGAGAGGAAGGGGAUGACAAUCGCCAAGUUUGAAGAAAUGUGCGCCAAAGAUAAAUUUAAACCUCCCACCUCACGCACUGACCACGAAAUGGAACGGACGUUCUGGAAGACAGUGACAUAUAACGCCCCGUUCUAUGGAGCUGAUAUUCCCGGGUCUCUUUUCGACGAGGACCAGGAAGUUUGGAACUUGAACCAUCUCGAUACAAUACUCAAUCUGCUGGAUGAGAUGGAGCACAGUAUCCUUGGGGUGAAUUCCGCUUAUCUGUACUUUGGCAUGUGGAAGACUUCCUUCGCAUGGCACAAGGAGGAUAUGGAUCUGUACUCAAUCAAUUAUCUGCACUACGGAGCACCCAAGUCCUGGUAUAUCGUCCCACCGGCCAGCCAAGGGCGUCUCGAAACACUCGCCAAGGGGUACUAUCCCGAUGCCUUCAGGCAGUGUUCCGAGUUUCUCAGACACAAGUCAACGCUUAUAUCCCCCAUAGCCAUGAAGAAAGGACUGGUGCCGUUUGGACGGGCCGUGCAGAGGGUUGGCGAGUUCAUGAUCACGUUCCCGGGCGGAUAUCAUUCGGGCUUCAACCACGGGUACAACUGUGCUGAGGCCACGAACUUUGGGUCCGAGAUGUGGGUCGCGAUUGGAAUGGCCGCCAAAGCGUGUCGCUGCAUAUCAGACUCUGUGCGCAUAGACAUGAAGCCGUUUGUGCGCAAGUUCCAUCCGGAGCUGUACAUCCCCACUCCUUCGGUGUUCUCGUCUUCGUCUUCUUCCGCGUCAGAGGGUUCUGACACUGAGUCAAAGGAUGUGAAGGCGAGAGAGACUCCCAGGCGGGGACGAGGUCGAAGUAGGGGUCGCGGAAGGGGGGUGGGCCGCCCGACAAAUCAGAUCAGAGUUAAAAAAGCUACGAACAAGCGAAGCACCAAUAAGAAGCCAAAGAAAGCGAAGGCAAAGGUCAAGGCGAUGAUUGAAGACCCCGUUGAGGUAGCACGACGAGUGUUGUUUGCGGAGGAGUGUAAGAUCAAUUGGCACGAGGCCAGGAAGGUAGGUAUACGCUCGUGGGUAGGCGGUAGCGAGGUAGGUCUUGAAGGUGCACAUAACGCAGAGAAAUCGCACACGCGGAAGCUGACGCUUAGAUUGAGCAUGCCAGCUAAGGGAGGUACGGUGGGUGACAAGGUAGUACAUAUGCAAACGAAGGAAGAUGUACACGCAGAAGCUGGGAGAAACACUCUAGCAGAUGCGCACACAGCAGGUACAGACUCACAAGAUGAAAACAAGCAUGCAACGGUUGGCGAGGAAGCUGAGCAUGGAAGCGAUAACACUCGCACAGACGGGGCCAGUGAAACAGCUGUACACAGCGAGAAGGAGGUUGCAUCGGUGGCUAUGGUAGAAAGAACAAUUCCGAACGAUCGUAUUGAAACGCAAAUGUUUCCGUCGCCUUGCUUAACGGAAGAACAGACAUUGAGCGAGGGAACUCACAAUAUGCCAAUGGAUGACGAUAGGAACACCGAAUCGGAUAAUGAGGACACUUUGUCGGAUAACGAACCGAUCCUUUCACGUGCUAGAGACGAACUGGGCGCACGCGCUAACAAAGAGAAUAUCGCAUUAAACGGGAGAAACGCCGUACUGGGCCAUGACCAGGUCGCGAAAGUGGCGAGGAGAGACUAUGCAUGGACAUCGCUGCAGUGUGCUGUGUGUGAUGGAUUGAGCUCUCCUGUUGUGGCCUGUCCCGUCACUGAUGGCUUCAAAGCACCCGAAUGUAAGGCCAAAGUAAAGAAGGCGAGGAAGAAGAAGGUCAUCGCUGAGCAAGCGGUUGAGCGGAUAACGUACAAUAGAGAAGGGAACACAGAAAUCUUCCCCAUCCGUUCGGCGUCAGUUCACACUCAGGACGAACCGGAACCUACUGAACUGUUCACAAACCCUGAUCAGAUAACCGAUACAAGUGAUAUUUUAUCAAACGACCAAUCCGAUCCCCGAGAUGGUCUUUGCUCAACCCCCAGUAGCGCGAGUCGUGUCGAGGGGCAGGAAGAAGUUGUUUGUAUUGGAGUUGACUCGGCGAUACAAAACAUAGUCAGUACCGAAAGGACGGAGCGUGAUGAUAGUCUUGUCUUCGCGCGCGACGGUGACGAAAACCACCGUCCCGCUAUGGCGGGGGAGCAUCCCGGUGUAUUGGUGUGUGCCAAUUGCGCUGUGGCCACACAUACAGCCUGCUGUGGUCUUCACUCGAUGCCAGAUACCAUCAGAACCAACGGAUGGCUUUGUCGACGGUGCGAUCUGAUUGGCUCUCGCUCCGUGUCCUGCGGACUCUGCCCCAGAAAGGGCGGGCUUAUGAUGCCCUCGAUCUACCCCAGAGGCUGGGUGCAUGCGAGCUGUGCUAUGUGGAUAUCGGAAAGUAGACACAUUAGAGUGAAGGCCAAGUCCAGUACUGUAUCCAAGAGGGGGUCCCCAUUUAAACCCGAGAGUCCGGGAAUUGGGAAUGGGGUGGGGUUAGGUGAGAUACUGCAAGGCGUGGAUGUGGACAGUGCAUCCCCGCAAGCGGAGGGUAAUGCGCAGAAACAAAUAGCCAUGGAUAGUCCAUCGCAUUUCAGUACUGGGCUGUCUACAGAUAGCAGUGUGCACACACACGGACGAACAGCGGCAAAGCAAGCCGAGCCACGGGCUUAUGAAUCGCGAGAAACGCAAGACACGGACACGUCUGCAUGUGAGGAUGCGCAUAGUUGUAUGGACAGUCCCAUGUCUAGGGAGAUCAGCCAAUGGAAGCAGCUUGAAACCAAAGAAGAUACGUAUAGGUGUAUAGACAAUCCCAUGUCUAGGGAGAUUAGCCAAUGGGCGCAGCUAGACACCGACCAGCAGAUCCACGCACAUGCACCCCUCCACUCACACGUACAUAAUCGCCCGAACACCCACGCACACACACAUAAACACCACCACAAGCAUGCACACAAACAUUCGCAUACAUAUAAUGGAACGGGUAACGGAGGACUCGAAGAGAUCGAACGCACAGAGAGCUUGCCGAAUGCAAACGGCUAUGAUAAUGCGAGAGUUUUGAAAAUGGGUUUAUCCGGACCAAAAAAACUAGAUGCUGGGAGUACAGAACAGCUCAGCCCCAACUGUGUCGACCACGUGGCCCAGCCACAUGACGACGCGGUUGUUAUGGCAAUCCAGUCCCCCAAAAAUUUCAUGAGCGAGGGCGAAGCAGCCGUAAGUGAGGAGGGUGCGGAGAGUCCAAAAAGCCACCUUGCUCCUGAAGAACCCAAAACGCAGCCCAAAACGCUGAAAGUGGUGCUAUCAAAACCCUCCAAGCCCAGCGAAGCCAAGGUCGAGACUUUGGGAACGGCUUUUGAGGUCGAGAGCGGCGGAGAGGAGUCAGAAUACGAUGACAAUGAGCAGCUCAAACCACCGGUUGGCAGUAGAGUGCUUCCUUUGGACUGUGUGUGGGAUCUGUCGCGGAUACCUAUCGAGCGGUACAGACUGAAAUGCCGCAUCUGCGCCAAGGCGGACGAGUCUCGGCAGAAGGGCAAGAACAAUGGUGCGUGCAUCCAGUGCUACGGUGGUCGAUGCACUAUAGCUGUUCAUGUCAUGUGUGCACAACGUAAUGCCCAGGAGGCCCAGAACGUGCUUGUUGACCGCACUCAGUAUCCCGACUUCAGGGCUCUGGCGUACUAUUGCAAUGAACGGCAUAUACCUGUGCAUAGGAAGCUGGUUGAGCCUACUCCGACUGUGUCAAUACAGACGGUCGAAAAGCCGCCCGAACACCCGGAUCAUCUGAGGGCGAAUGACAGAGCGUACGCACUCUUUAAAGAUGGGUUCUGGUACAUUGCUACGGUGAUACGAUCGUCUGAGGUGACAGAUGUCUGGAUUCGUUUUGACAACAACCACGAGCUCAUGCCUCCUGUGCGUUUAAACAGCACCAAACUACUCACCUGUACCCGGGACGGCGAACAAAUCGUACCCGAAGAAGUCAAGCACGCGGACAGAGUGUCUGCGAUGUACGCCCUGCCCGCUAAAGGAUACAAACGCACCCGACAGAGCGCUCAGAUGGGAACGUGUGUGCGGGUGGAACGCGCCAGUCGCUAUCACGUGGUGUUUGACGAUACCCCAUCUGUGCAGUACAAGGUAGCCAUGGAGGAUAUAGUCUCUGAGGAGUCGUGGCUCAGUGGUAGGCGGCCGGCGGGUGCGAAACUGGGUGAUGUCCAGGAAGUCGAUUACGGCGGUGAGAAGUGGAAGACCCAUGGACUGCAGUCGCCUGUCGCUGUCAGUGCCACUGGCCGCAGCAAACGGCGACGCAGGGGUUGAGGGUCUGGAUUAGGUCAGGUCUGGUAUAGCAUAGUAUAGUCUGUAUGAUGCACCUCUUCGUAUAUCGGCGAUUGCUACCGAAUUGCUCGAGGCUCAAGGGCACCUUCCUGCAGGGCGUGGACCGUUUGGACAACGGCCCUGCGACUUGUGUUUUGGGGCAGGCGUUUGUAGGACAUCGGCCCUGCGACUUCUGUUUUGGGGCAGGCGUUUGUGCCCACGCGUCGUGGGUCAGGUUCAAAGCCCUUUAAUUAUCAUACCAUCGCCAGUGAACUACGCUCACACCAGCUACAACGGAGCGAAAGCCAUAGGCGCUUUAGUAGCACACCGAGGGGUGUGCACCUGUUGUCACAGUACUGGACUGGUGUUGAGUCAUCGAUUGGGACACGUGUGGGGCUGUCGACCCCUCUCCGCCACUCCCAAAAAAGAAAAGAAAAAUUGGGUGUGUCCAGAGUUCAGGCACUUGCUGGACGUAUCGAAUCAUGUAGCAGCACUGACUGUAGGCUGGUGCUGGUUCGAAGGUCGUGUUGUGUUCAGACUUAUGAUUACACGCAUAAGCACAGAAGGCGGUAUUUGCCCGAUGGUUCGAUUUGAGUUCAUAGAUCCGACCGACAAGGACAUUGAAACUGGACAUGGUUUUAAGUGGAGGGAUGCUUGCCGUACAUUUGGCGAAAAUAUGGUGUUAACGGCCAGUGAUACACUGUUAGAUGGUUCAUUUUAACGGCCAAUGACACGCUGUUAAAUGGUUCAAUUUAACGGCCAGUGACACGCUGUUAAAUGGUUCAUUUUAACGGCCAGUGAUACGCUGUUAAAUGGUUCAUUUGAUACCCGAGAUUAGCAGUGAGGACUAUUGGAUGAAGAAAGUCAUGUGUACCUUGGCAUGACUGAUAUGAAACAGUAACUACUGUUGGAUAAGGAAAGUCAUGUGUAACUUAGCAUGACUGAUAUGAAGCAGUAACUACUGUUGGAUAAGGCAAGUCGUGUGUAGCUUAGCAUGACUGAUAU